AAUGGUCAUGAACAACCUCAAAGUCUCUCGCUUUAGCCCUUCCAUCAGCUGCAGAGAUGAGCCUACGCAGAAAAUCCUUCUUAUCGGCAAAGCCCUGGAGAUAUGCUACACAGCCGAGCCGGUCGAGCCAAGGAGACGGUUGCAUAAACUGAUCUGGCUUCUCCAUCAUAUUGGCAUCCUUUUGGACAAUCAAGGAGCGAUUCUUGAAGAAGUCCUUAAUGGCAACUUCCUGAUCAGAUACUUCCGCCGGUCUAGCUUCUAG